AUGUUGACCAAAUCUCUUGGUCUGCUCGCCGUGCUGCAGCUGGGCGGCAUUGCUGCGUCUCCCACAAGCUACGCCACGCCGUCUGUCAAUGAAACCGACUGCAAUGGAAGCAAGUACAUCUACGAGGAGCUCGCGGGCUGGGGCACGUUGCCUAGUGAUGCUCGUGAUAGAUUCGGAGAUACUAUAGGGGGCAUUGGGAGCGCCAUUGCGCUGGACAAGAAAUCGUGGAAGAAGAAGUCGGGAAAGAAGGAAGCCUACGAAGGCAUUCUUUGGGGCCUCCCUGACAGAGGAUGGAACACCCAAGGGACCCAGAACACCCAGUCGCGGAUACACAAAUUCAGCAUCUCUUUCGACAUCGUCACUGCCACCAAGGAGAAACCUGCAUCCCCAAACUUCCACAUGAAGUACCUGGAUACUCUGCUGCUCACUGGUCCAGACGGCAAGCCGACCACCGGUCUGGACGCGGACCCAACAGGGCAUGGGUCGUACCCUGGGUUUCCCGACCUCCCCGUCGCAACUUACACUGGUGAUGGUUUCGGUGGCGCGGGCCCAGGUGGCAAACGCAUCGCUAUAGAUACGGAGGGUCUGGUACUAGGUGACGACGGGUCAUUCUGGAUCAGCGACGAGUAUGGACCGUACAUCUAUCAGUUCGACAAGCGGGGCAAGAUGAUCAAUGCCAUCCGCCCUAAUGAUGCGUUGAUUCCUAUCCGCAACGGCACCGAGAGCUUCAAUGCCGCUUCACCACCAAUCUAUGACCCGGAUUUCCUCGUCACUCCUGAGGAUCCGGACAGCGGUCGUGGUAACAACCAAGGACUCGAGGGUUUGACUGCAUCUCCCGAUGGCAAGUACCUGUACUCGCUACUUCAGAGCGCCGCGAUCCAGGAGGGAGGUUCGAAGUCUAAGAACCGCCGCUAUGCUCGCCUACUCAAGUAUCGCUUGAAAGGCAAAAAGGCAGAGUAUGAUGCCGAAUACGUGGUUCCGUUGCCUGUUCUCCCAACCGAUAAGGUCGCUGGGCAGUCAGAGAUUCACUUUAUCUCUGAUGACCAGUUCCUCGUGCUCGCUCGUGACUCGGGUUCUGGCCGCGGCCAGGACAGCACUGAAUCCAUCUAUCGCAAUGCGGAUGUCUUCGACAUCUCAAAAGCCACGAACAUCAAAAGUGCAACGAACGAUGCCAUAGGAGGCGCCAUUGCCAGCUCUAAGGGCGUGCUCAAUGCUGAUGUUAUUCCCGCGCAAUAUUGUCCAUGGCUAUCCUUCAAUAACAACGACCAACUCAAUCGAUUCGGAGUACACAACGGGGGCGAGCAGGAUGCGACUUUGCUCAAUGAGAAGUGGGAAAGCUUUGCGCUCCUCCCGGUGGACGGAAAAUUCAGAACGAAAGGUGAUGGGGACGAGUACUACUUGAUCUCGGUCUCGGACAACGACUUCAUCACGCAGAAUGGAUACAUCAACUCGGGGAAGAACAAGUACGUUGAUGCUUCAGGCUUCAAUAUUGAUACGCAAGUCCUUGUCUUCAAGGUGAGGCUUCCGAAGGGAGCUAAGCCUCUAUGA